GGAAAUACUGGAAGCGCCUUUCAAGGGUCCCAGCUCUACCUUUUAGGAUCAGACAGCUCUCUGAUUUAUUGUAGAUAUGAGAUAUCAAGCUGUUCUGCGCCUUGCUGCUGUAACUGCUGUCCUCCUAAUAACAUGGGGAAUCUCCAUCAACUCAUUUGAUGUGCGGAAAGCAAGAAGUAUUCUCAGGCUUAAUUACGAAGAUCAAAUCAAACCUACAUUCAAAACAGCUACACCUAAGUGCAACCUCUCUAGAGCCUGUCCACCCGACCAUUUCGCUUUUUACAUCAGGAGCGGAGCAGCUAAUGUUGUCGGACCAAAGAUCUGUUUUGAUGGUAAAAUCAUCAUGAGUCAUGUGUUGAAUAAUGUGGGACCAGGACUGAACAUUGUGGUGGUAAAUGGUGAAAAAGGACUUGUGGAAAAAUGUGGCUAUCUUAAUAUGAUAUCUGGAAACCCACACGACAUAUUGGCGUACCUGAACGCGAUAAAACCUGGAAUGAUUGUUUUGGUGGCCUCGUUUGAUGAUGUGACAACAAAGAUGACAAAAGAAAUGAGGGAUGUAUUUGUUGGAAUGGGAAGCACUUUGAUCACAUCUGUAAAACACAGAGACAGCUGGGUGUUUGCUGGAAGAGCAGGGGCAGAAAAUAAAACCCUCUUUGAGAAGCAAGCUGUUAAUGAAGAGAAAACCAACGUUUAUGAAAACUGGCCGGAUAUGGUGGAGGUGGACGGCUGCUUCCAAAGGACCAUAACUGACGGACAUGAACCUUAAAGGACCUUUGUGAUGAAAAGGAGAAUAUCUUCCUUUUUUCAUGGCCUUUCAAGAAUUCCCUCUUAAAUGAUGCCACACCAAAUAGUUUUACACUCUUUCUGAAACUCAAGAU